CUCAUUCGUGUUUGCGUCAGUUUGUGAACCUCAGCUUUAGCCUGACGCUUCAUGAGGUUUGACUUCCUGUAUUUGUACAUUGAGUAGGUUUGUGACAUUGCGUUGUGAGUUUGUGAGGGGACCUAACUUUUCAGUCGAACUUCAGAUCAAGACCCGGUCGGUGGUAGAAACGGAUGAUGGCGAUGGUGACUAACCGACUUGGGUGUUUAUCAGUUCUUGUUUUGCUGCUGACUUUGAGUAGUUUUGUGACAUCAAGAUAUCUUAGGAUGAAAAGGGAAAUUAGUCACAACACCACAUCGCUAAACAGCAACGACACACACAGCACAAGAAGUGUAGCUGAAGCCCAGAAUACAAGUAGCACCACUCUGGAAACUUUAAAGGCUUCGAGUGCAUUACAGACAGCAGAGGUGACAACUGUAAUACCGGAUUUAAAUGUUUCUGCAACUACAGAUUACCAUCACACUCCAGGUUUGAGCCACACCCAACAGAAGUACUCUGCAGGAACCGAGAACCUGACAGUCCAUAAUGAGAGUACUUUGCACACCCAACUUCCCACAACAAGUAAUAGCAAUGGUACUGGACACAUUUCACAAGCAGGAAGUUCUGCCCCCACACUUCCUGCAUCGUUGGAGCCCGGUAAGGUAACAGAAAAGCGAAUGACAUCAGCCACUACGAAGAUGUCUACGGAUACGAGAAGACGUAUCACUGCAGCUAUCUCAACGACCACUAGAAAAUCAACCACAUCAACAACCCACUCAUGUUCCACUGCCUCUUCUCAUGAGGGCGGACUUGUGAGUCGCUGCCUCAUCGCCAUCGCCUCGAUGGCUGCGCUGACGACCAUCUUCAUCAUUAGCACCAUCUGCCUGGCUACAAAACUUUCGACAUACAGAUACAGGCACAAGGCACAUCUUCUCCAGGAGACCGAGAUGGUCUGCAUUUCUGCCCUUAUGAAUGAUACCGAUCACCCUGUUCCAAAGCCAAGACGACACCCUAAAAGUAAUGGAGCACUGAUCCCGAAUACUGAGGAUGGAGAUCCUGACGGAGAUAAUCUUACUCUAAACAGCUUUCUUCCUGAUACAGAGGGCCCUAUUUAGAAGUUUAGACCUUUCACCUGCUGUGUGCACUGUAUGCACAGAAAUGUUUACUCUCUAACACUGUGGUUAUUUUAAGUCCAUGCUCAGGUUUGACCGAAGCUCAGCUCUAGAAUGAUUUGCACUGUCAAAAAAAUCAAAAAAUACAGUUCACAGCAUAUCUGUGCAAAGGGGUUCUCAGUGUCUCACUCACUGACAUUCAAUAAUUUGAUACCUGGCUUUGAAGUGCCUUUUACAAGAAUCUUUUUUUUUUUUUUUGUACAAUAGGAUAUAUAUGCACAUCAUUUUUUUUUCUUUAUACUACUGUUCGUUCAUAGCUCAGAUGUAGAUCUAGCACAUUAUUGAUCUAGAUUUUUUUUAAUACUGGGAUUAACCAUAACCUUAUUACUGUACUUUACUUUCAACUGUACUUUUACGUUUCAAUUCUAAGGAUUUAUAUAUAUCUAUGUAUGUAUUAAGUUUUUAUGUAUUUAAUCAGUGGAACAUUUAUAUUUUAAUUAUGUUUUUGCAUGUUUGAAUCUUAUACAAUCAUUCCAGUGUUGAAAUACUAUACUACUUUCUCUGAGGAGCUCAGGCAUUAGUGAGGGUUGGCAGCAUAUACUGCUGAAUAUGUUCUAUUCCUGCCUGUGGUUCAACCAGCGCUGUGUAAUUUACUCUAACAGAGUGAUGUUAGAGAUUAUCACAGUCUGAACAUAACAUAUCAUUGCAAAUGUACAUAAAAUAUAUUCCUUCACAAGUUCCCAAAAAGAAUUUUGCUUUUGUGCCGAAGUUACACACUGGCCAUUUUUAAUUCACACAACUGAAAAAGUCAACAAGAUUAACACUGAGAAAAGCAAGAUGUAGUUUUGUCUGUUUUCACAUUUAUUUUCUUUUUAAUUUUGUAGUUUUUUAUUUUUUAUACUGUAUAAUUGUCCCUUUUCUAUGUACAUUCUGUAUGUGUAGUCGACUCCAGUAUGAAUGUGUUUAGGAUCUUGAUAGAUGAAUGUUGUGCAAAAUGACAUGAAAGCCAUUGUACAGUGUUAUACCCAAAUUAAUUUAAGAAAUGUUAAAUAAAUUCUCAAGUCAAUUUGAA